GACAGAAUAGAUUGCUGUCAGGGGAUGACAACUGGAACACCCUAAAUCGUUCAAUAUCUCCAGGCGAGAUCAAUUAGGGGUCCACCUGACAGACGGAAAAGGCACUACACACGAGAGUUUACCUGCGGCGUCGUUGAUUUUAUCGGAAUUGCAGUUGUAGUGCUUUAUACACGAGCCCUGAAAUGCGUUUUCCAUCGGUGUCUAAUAAAAGUAACAAAUCUGUAUUAAUAACUCUCGAUAGUAAUAUCCAUUUACCAAUAUUAAAUCGAGAUAUGAGUCUCGAUUUGUUAGCAAGUAUGGAGGGUACUGAGUACAUUGUGCAACGAUAAAAUACUUGUGAUCAGCCACACGUGAGUUGGAUGGAUGAAGUUAAAGGCCUCAGAUGGAUCUCGAGACAACCGUUUUGCUCGGAAUAGUAUUUUGAUUAAAGAUGGAGGAAAGUGGAAACGACAAGUUUCUUUUGAGAAGACGCGCUGUCACACUGAAACCACUCAAGAUCAAAGAUGAACGCGUUGCUACAUUAAAAAAGGUUGCUGCGAUCCUCAAUAAAUCUGAGGUGGACAGAACAGUUGAGGAAAUUGAUUUAUUGUCCUCAUGUGGUGAUGUUGUCAAGGAGGUGAACCUCAGACAAGAGAAGAGAGACAAAGUGAAAGCCAGACUCGAAGAGAUUGAGGAUCCCCCAGAGCUUCUCGAGGAAAAAUGUAUGAGACUGGCUGGAGCAAUAAGUCGUGCAUCUUCGCUGGCCGUUUACACUGGUGCAGGAAUAAGCACAGCAGCAUCAAUUCCAGAUUACAGGGGUACAAACGGUGUUUGGACACGGAUGCAACAAGGAAAAGAGAUAGGAAAUCAUGAUCUCAGUUUAGCAGAGCCGACAGUCACGCACAUGGCACUGUACGCUCUGUACAAGGCUCGUGUACUGAAGCACAUUGUAUCCCAGAAUUGCGAUGGUCUUCAUCUACGCAGUGGUAUUCCACGUACCUUUUUAUCGGAAGUACAUGGCAAUAUGUAUGUAGAAGUUUGUCGUGGGUGCAAGCCAUUUCGCGAGUAUCUGCGUUUAUUCGAUGUCACUGAAAAAACAGCAAGAUUUUCUCACGGUACUGGUAGACACUGUCACGAGUGCAACUCUCUUCUCCAAGAUUCAAUAGUGCACUUUGGUGAGCGUGGCAAUUUGCCUUGGCCAAUAAAUUGGAAUGGGGCAUGCCGUGCCUCAAAACAGGCUGAUGUCAUUUUGUGUCUUGGCUCAAGCUUAAAAGUCCUGAAGAAAUAUCCGUGGCUGUGGCAGAUGGACAGACCUGCCCACAAACGUUGCUCCCUGUACAUAGUUAAUCUCCAAUGGACACCGAAAGAUGAAAAUGCAACAUUGAAGAUAAAUGGUAGAUGCGAUGAAGUUAUGAAGAGAGUCAUGAGCCAUUUAGGUUUAGAUAUUCCAGAUUAUAAUAGAUUCAAGGAUCCGAUAUUUUAUCACGCUAUAAGACUGCAAAUUAAUGAACAAUCGACAACAUCACAGCCUUGUCUUGAGGAGCCCGUAUUAAUCACCAACGAUACUGACCGUGAUCAAAAUAUAGAGAUUAAGAGUGAUGUUGAGGGUAUUAUACCAAAAAAGGACGAUGAAGACUGCGCAUCACAGAUCAAUCUCAGUGAGCCAUUGACCGCCUACUCGGCACCGUUUUUCACAGCUUUACCCUUCCUAUCUAUGGGCUUGCCGUUUCCACCGAUGUUCCUAUAUCCACAACUCACGUCGUUACUUUAUUAUCCACUGCUUCAGGCACCUUCAAUUAAACAGGAGGAAAUUAUUGAGCCGAAAGCCACACCAGCUUGCAAAUUCUGUAUGGAGACUGAGCAAUCACAGAAUUGUCUCUUCUAUCAAAUUAACGGUAAGGAUCCGGUAGGAAUUGAUCAGCCUGUAGAUUUGUCAGAGCCUAACAUCGACAAUGACAAUGAAAAUAAUAUCGACGUGGUGACAGAGUCCGAGGAUGCUUCCAAGGCGACUGCCAAAAAUCCCGGCUGGUUUGGCAAGGGCUAUAGAAAAGGCUUUCGCAAGAAACGGUAGCAUUCAUUCGCCCAAAUCAUCCCACCACCCACGAGAUGGUGAUAAAUCGAUGGGUAGAGUGCACGAG